AUGAGGAUUGUUCGUUCCGGGAUCAUUCAAGUUAGCAUUCUUGUAAAGCAGCAAAUGAUUAACUCACUUUUUGUAGUUAAUAAUCAAGGUAAAAUCAUCAUUGAAAAGCAUUGGCGUGGAAUUAUAUCAAGACAGAUUGUAGAAGUGUUUAAUAACGAAUGUGAAAAGUUUAUAACUUCCAUACCUGAUUCACUUAAAGAUAAUGCAAGUAAUCGAGUAACAGCAAUUAAAGAUGCAUAUUUUACUCGAGAUGACAUACCUCCUAUAUUGGAAACAAAUAAGUAUUGGUUAUUAAAUGUAUUAAGAGAUGACUUGACAUGGUUAUGUCCUGUUGAAAGAGAAGUGGAUCCUAUGCUUGUAUUUGAAUUUAUACAUCGUAUUAUGGAUAUUUUGACUGAUUAUUUGGGUGAAGUGUCCGAAUCAUCUAUUAGAGAAAACUUUGUAACAGUUUAUCAGUUAUUGGAAGAAAUGAUGGAUUAUGGCUAUCCUUUAACAACUGAACCUAAUGCUUUAAAAGAAAUUAUUAUGCCACCAACAAUUAUGAAUAAAAUGAUGACUACAGUUGGGGCAGCAGCUGGAGUUGCUCCCAAAUUCCCUCAGAGCAUGUCAAAUAUACCAUGGAGAAAAGCUGGAGUUAAAUAUGCUCAGAAUGAAAUUUAUUUUGAUAUAAUUGAAGAAAUAGAUGCUACUAUUGCUGCGAAUGGUGGAGUUGUUUCUUGUGAAGUUCAUGGCUCAGUACAAGCUAAUUGUAAAUUAUCAGGGAUGCCCGAUUUAACCUUGAAUUUUGUUAAUGCAAGAGUGAUUGAUGAUGUUAGUUUUCAUCCCUGUGUUAGAUAUCGUAAAUGGGAUAGUGAAAAGGUGUUAUCAUUUGUUCCUCCUGAUGGACAUUUUAAAUUAAUGUCAUAUAGAACAUCAUUAUCAUCUUAUCAAGCAAUGCCAUUACAAGUCAAGCCACAAAUUAUAGCUAGUAAGAAUGGCGGUAAAUUCGAUAUUACGAUUCAUUCUAGAUUCUCGGAUGGUAAACCUAUAGAAAAGAUCGUUUUGACUUUACCUAUGCCAAAGAGUACAUCAAGUGUAAAUGCAACUUGUAAUUCAGGGCAAUAUAUGUAUGAUCCAGUAAAUAAGACAAUUAGAUGGGAAAUUAGUAAGCUUACACAAAGAGAUCGAGCUCCUUUAUUAUCUGGUACAUUUAGUUCAAGUGAAUCAAAUCCUGAGUUAGGCAUGAGUAUAAAUUUAGAAUUUCAAAUCAAUAUGUAUGCUAUUUCAGGGCUAAAAGUGGAUAGUCUUCGCUUAUACCAUGAAGGUUAUAAGCCUUAUAAGAUGAUUUUGAUUGAUACUAAGGCUCUAUUUGUAGGGUUAAGUAAUCUACACAGUUGCAAUAUUAAACGAGUAUCUGUUAUGAGCAAGCGAAAUAAUUUGCCUAAUAAAAUAUUAGAUCUAGCCAUAGAAAACAUAUGUUUAACAUAA